AUGGACGUGGAGGGUGGUGGCCGGCCGGCGGUGCAGCUGCAGUCCACGACGAAGCGGGCUGCGAGCUCACCUUGGGGACUUCAGAAAGCCACGCUUUUACUGGCAUACCAGAGCUUCGGAGUUGUGUAUGGCGAUCUCUGCAUCUCACCUGUCUAUGUGUACAAGAACACCUUCUCUGGGAAGCUGCGUCUCCAUGAGGAGGACGAGGAGAUCCUUGGGGUGCUGUCUCUCGUCUUCUGGAGCCUGACGCUCAUACCACUGCUCAAAUACAUCAUCCUUGUUCUCGGAGCAGAUGACGAUGGAGAAGGUGGCACAUUUGCAUUGUACUCGUUAAUGUGCAGGCGCUCAAGGAUGGGGCUCCUGAACAAUAUAAACAAUGCGUGUUUAUCGGCAUACAACCAGAAGGAACCCCUUCUUUCGGCAGUUUCUGGACUCAGAAUUAAGUUUCCAGAAUUACAUGAAAAUUACACUGUGCUUUUUGCCUGUUUCAUUUUAGUUAUCCUUUUUGCACUGCAACACUACGGAACCCACCGUGUUGGGUUCCUAUUUGCUCCAAUUUUGCUUGCCUGGCUUGGCUGCAUUGGCAGUAUCGGCAUAUACAACAUAUUCAAGUGGAACCCUACUGUCAUCCGUGCUCUGUCCCCAUACUACAUAUACAACUUCUUCAGGAAGGCCGGCAAGGAUGGCUGGAGCUCACUGGGAGGGAUUGUUCUAUGCAUUACAGGUGCUGAAGCAAUGUUUGCUGAUCUUGGGCAUUUCUCAAAACUUUCACUAAGGCUUGGAUUCACAAUAGUUGUGUAUCCAUGCUUAGUCCUGGCUUACAUGGGUGAGGCUGCCUAUCUAUCUAAACAUAGGGAGGACCUACAAAGCAGCUUUUACAAAGCUCUCCCAGACAGAGUGUUCUGGCCUGUUCUGAUCAUCGCAACACUAGCCACUGUUGUUGGGAGCCAAGCCAUCAUCUCAGCUACGUUUUCCAUCAUAAGCCAGUCCAGGGCUUUGGGGUGCUUCCCGCGGAUAAAGAUCGUGCACACGUCAAGCCAUGUCCACGGCCAGAUCUACAUACCGGAGGUGAACUGGGUUCUCAUGUUCUUGUGUCUGGCCGUCACCGUCGGCUUCCGAGACACCGAAAUGAUUGGAAAUGCCUAUGGGCUUGCUGUGAUCUUGGUGAUGUUUGCAACCACAUGCCUGAUGUUCCUGGUCAUCACCAUCGUGUGGAACCGGAGCGUCGUCCUGGCAGCGCUCUUCACGGUCGGCUUCGGAUCCAUGGAGCUCAUGUACCUGUCGGCAUGCCUCGCCAAGGUGCCCCAUGGCGGGUGGCUCCCGCUGCUGCUGUCGCUGGUGACGCUGCUGGCCAUGUCGACGUGGCACUACGGCACGAAGAAGAAGGAGGAGUACGAGCUGCAGAACAAGGUGUGCCUGGACCGGUUCCUCGGCCUGAGCUCCGGCAUCGGGCUGGUGCGCGUGCCGGGGGUGGGCUUCGUCUACUCCAGCGCCGCCAACGGCGUGCCCCCGAUGUUCGCGCACUUCGUCACCAACUUCCCGGCGUUCCACCGGGUGCUCAUCUUCGUGUCGCUCCAGACGCUGACGGUGCCCAAGGUGUCGCCCGACGAGCGGUUCCUGGUCGGGCGGGUGGGCGCGCCGGCGCACCGCCUGUUCCGCUGCGUCGUCCGCUACGGAUACAAGGAAGGGCGGCGGGACCACUUCAACUUCGAGAACCAGCUGCUGAUGAAGGUGGUGGAGUUCCUGCAGCGGCAGGACGCCGCCGAGGCGGGCGACUACUCCUCCGGGUCCAGGGAGCUGUCGGUGAUCCCCGCGGCGCCGGCGCACGCGCAGCUCGUGGACGCCGACUCGGCGCCGCCGAUGGCGUCGUGGAGCACCUCGUCCUGCGAGAUCGACGCCGUCGGAAGGAGGGUCCGGUUCGAGGAGCCCCGCGGGGCCGGCGGCAGUGGCGGCGAGGAGGUGAAGACGCUGCUGGAGGAGCGGGAGUCCGGCGUGUCGUACAUGAUCGGGCACACCUGCGUGCAGGCCCACGAGUCGUCGCCGGCGGUGAAGAAGUUCGCCGUCAACGUGGUGUACGGGUUCCUUCGGCGCAACUCGCGGCGGCCCGCCGUGGAGCUCGGCAUCCCCAACACCUCCCUCAUCGAGGUGGGCAUGACGUACAAGGUCUGA